UCGAAACAGCAGUUUUUUUUUAGCAAAUUGUGUAUAAAUUUUUAAAAUUUUGCAGUAAUGAAGUGCCAGAUUCCGGAAAUAUCGUGGCACAACCGUGACCCGGUGCUAAGCGUAGAUAUCCAGCCGAAAACGGCGUCGGACAAAAGCGACUUCUACCGGUUGGCUUCCGGAGGAACAGAUACCCAUGUUUUGAUAUGGCACAUGACUCAGAAUGCGGAUUGUGGAACAAUUUCGCUGGAUGUCGUUGCCGAUUUGACUCGCCAUCAGCGAGCCGUUAACGCAGUACGGUGGUCUCCUAAUGGGGAGCUGCUGGCGUCUGGAGAUGACGAAAGUGUUAUCUUCAUUUGGAAGCAAAAGGGUGAAACGGAGGUGUUGAAUAUUCUCGAUGCAACCAACGAGCAGGACAAGGAGAUUUGGAUAACACUGAAGAUACUUCGUGGUCACAUGGAGGAUGUGUAUGAUCUGUGUUGGUCACCUAACUCAAUGUACUUGACCAGUGGUUCCGUGGAUAAUACAGCUAUGGUGUGGGACGUUAACAAGGGCAAAUCGCAGCACAUCUUUUCCGACCAUAAGGGAUUCGUUCAGGGUGUUGCUUGGGAUCCUAAAAAUCAGUAUUUGGCUACCCUCAGUACUGAUCGUUAUUUUCGUGUGUUCGAUUUGCACGCGAAAAAAGUUCUAACCAGAAGCAACAAAAGUCUGUUGCCUGUACCGAAGGAUUCUCCGUUGCAUGGUCAAACCAUUCGACUGUAUCAUGAUGAUACGUUGCAGACGUUUUUCCGUCGCCUGAGUUUCAGUCCGGAUGGAAAUCUUAUCGUUACGCCUGCGGGUGUGGCAGAGAUUCCCGGAGUCCCCAAGCCACUUAACACAACCUACAUCUACACUAGGAAUUCUUGGCGUCAACCUUCCAUCACUCUACCAUCGCCCGAUCAGUACACAGUUGCGGUUCGAUUUUGUCCACGGUACUUUAAGCUGCGACCCCACCCAGACAAUAAACCGCCAGUAAUUCCUUUACCCUACCGAAUGAUUUUUGCUAUCGCUACCAAGAGUUCCGUUUACCUGUACGACACUCAGCAGAAAUCACCAUUCGCCCUGAUAUCAAACAUCCACUACACUCGGUUGACAGAUCUGUCCUGGUCUGGAGAUGGAAAAAUUCUCAUAGUUUCAUCAACCGAUGGUUUCUGUUCGAUGAUAUCGUUUGCCGACGGUGAAUUAGGCGAGGAGCAUGUGAUUGAGUCGACUGAUGAGUCGUCUACUGGAAACGAGAAGGAAAAGACUCCUACAAAGAAAGCACCAGCUGGCAGAAAGAAAUCCAAGGAUGGCAAAGACGAUGAGAAGGAAAAGAAAGAUUCCAAGUUGGAAACCGUUGUGGAAGAGACUACAAACGCGGAAGAAAAGCCGCCAAAAGAGGUCAAGCCGGCACAGCCUAUUGCUUUUCGGAGAAAACCGAGAGAUGAGGUGGAAAAGAAGGUGGAAAUAACAGACGAGAAACCAAAACAGGAACAGGAAAAGGCGGAGAAGCCUGCACAGCCAAUCGCUAUUAAGCGAAAGCCGAAGGAGACUGGUGCAUCCACCAGUGCUAUUUCAGAGCCGAAAGAUAGCGACUCACGGAAGCGACCACGAUCCAACAGUGCCGAAAAGGAUGGCCAAACCGAGGAUCCAAAAUCGGUAGCAAUUCGUCGAAUAGCGCUGGAAAACAGCGACACUAAGGGAGGAAUUAUCGUCAAAGAGAUUCCCCCGGUUAAAACACAGGACGAGAAAAUCGUUCAACCAGCGAAAGAAAUCAUCAUCGAAGCUGAAAAGAUAAUCAGCAGCGACGAAAAGUUCGAGAGUCCAUCGAAAACUAAUCGUCCAGCGACUCCGAUCGCCGUACGACGUCACCCACGGACGCCUUCGUCUGGCGUUUCCGAACAUUCGGACUCUUCCUCUACGCCCAAGCUUGCGAACGUAACUAAAGCGGCUACUCCUAUUGCCAUUCGGAGGCAACCGCGCUGUUUGGCACCGGACCCGGAUCGCUCCCGGUCGGUGAGACCCUCCGAAAUUGAAGAGGAUGCCGUCGAUACCUGGCCAAUUGAUCAACCGAAACCGGAGCUGAAAUCAGUGGACAGUGUUUCCUCUUAUGCCGAGUGCGAGCGAACCAGAGAUAUCAAACUGGUAGUUUCCGACGAUGAUGACGAUGAUGAUGGUGCAGAACAUAAGGAAUCCAAGGAGGCACAGACGGAUAUCACGACGACUCCAAAGACGCCCCGUCGGGUAGAGUUUCGCACCAUAUCGACACCUAAAUCGAAGAAGAAGCUGCUUUAA